AUGGCCAUAAUCUCAGCCGUUAUGACUCCCAUGCGGCGUUCAUCACUCAAGCUUCGCUCAAAACCGAAUUCCAUAAUUGCUUCCUCGCUAGAUAACAGCCUAACAGUGGUGAAACCUUCAGAACCUUUACUGGAAAAGCCGGAACCUACGUUUCGUGAUGAUCAACCUCCCAAAAAGCAAACACCUCACAAGGUUGAACCAUCGCCCGUUAUCGCUCCGAAGCACGAUUCUUUUCACAGCACACCUCUUAAGUCCCUUGAACCGGAUUUCUCUGCAACACUUUGCCCACUCUCGGAGAAUUCCGAGUUCCCAUCGAUUUCGGAUGCCGUUUUGUUGGCACCGGUUAACUGUGAGGAGGAGCCGUGUUCACGCGGUAAAGUGCCAGUGAGCCAACCUGAGAAGACAGUUGCCGUCAAAGUUCCGGAAUGUGCUGCAGAACAGUGGCAGUGGGAAGGCACUGCUCAAUCGAGAUAUGUAUUCUCAAAGGUAAGUUGA